AUGCAAUCCCUUCUUUUUUCCCAACCAGCCCUUUCCACCAGCCAAUUUGGACAUUCUGUGCUGAAAUCGAUCCCGGAGCGGUUACCCUUCAACCUCAGCGGGACCUCUAAUGCUCGAGGGCCCUACCCGCGGCCUCCUCCGAACCUUCGCUCUAUGUCUGGAUCUCCUCUGGGAGAGAAGUCACUGGAGACCCUUGGGAGUACCACACGGUCAGGACCUUCAGAUCUUCCGGCUCUGUCAGAUGUAGCACCGCCACCGAUAAUUGCGGCCGCAUCUUCUGCUUCGGUCCGAGGAGAGCCUCACCCCGUACAGGAUCCUUCUGCGACGCAAGUGCGCAAACUACCGCCGAGUCGAUUAUCGGAGAACCAAGGGUAUAUAUCUUCCCAACCUCCUCGGAUAUUUGGCGCCGUCGAGCCGUCAUCCUUUGCCGCGGCCGUACCACCGUCCCUUUCAUCAGCUACAGCGGUUCCACGCGCCCUUCCACAGAAGCAAACCCGGCGGACCAAGGCCCAUGUGGCAUCGGCUUGUGUGAAUUGUAAGAAAAAGCAUCUGGGCUGCGAUCCAGCGAGACCAUGCCGUCGAUGUGUGGUAGCGGGAAAGGCUGCGACCUGUGUGGAUGUCACGCACAAGAAACGGGGUAGACCACCGCUUAAGGCGGAGGAACCGUCCGUGAGAUCGUUUGCAACCCAAUCCGAGAGCGCAGGGGCAACCGCAGAGGCACAUCCAGCAUCCCAUACCCGCCGAUAUAGUCACCGAUCGACUACCUCGCGCGAAUUGCGACCCAUGACCGAUUUGCAGGCGCCGGGUACAGCGCUGGGGGACCUUGGGCUCAAGUCCACAACGGGGCAACCGCCGCGAUGGUCGUCGGCCUCUGCGUUUCCCCCAAACCCGGUGAUAGACCCUUCGCUCUCGAUACAUGGGAAUAUGGCGCCACGAUCUUUCUCCGUGGGCUCGCCGCCACAUCUGACGCCACCGGUGCUGCAGCAACCGACCUUUGGCUCGAUUGCCAGCGGCUUCGGUUCUACCCUCGGCGCUUCUCGUCCCCCUGCUCGACUUGGACGGACAUAUCAACCGUACCAAAGCCCUUCCAUUCCAUCCACCUCGCCACUGCAGUAUCAGCAGCCUUUCCCCCACGCAAUCUCACCGUUUCUGGAACGGUCGAGACCGGGAAACCUACCCGCUGUCUCCGAGCCAUUUGUCCCUAGAGAACCACGCGACAGUUAUCUGGAUUCUUCGGUCCGCCUCCCUCCCAUUUAUCCGCCCAUGCCGACCACCGGGCCCGGCCCAUACACUCAUGCCCAUCGAUUGAGCGAUCCGUAUCUGCCCAGCUGGUCACGCCUGCCACAUGAAGAACGGAUCCAGGAACGGCACCCCCCACCGCCACCAUCACUGGGAGAACCAGUCUCUCCUCAUACACGGAUCCACCGGUCACCUCCGGGCCCGCAUCAGGUAGAUAUCUCACCGCAAGCUGACGCUGCAACGCGUGCGGGGGAACAUCCCGUCCGGCCUCCCGAGACACCUCUGCCGGUGUCCAGAGCCGAACCGCCGACUUCAGAAAGCGAGUCAAGCGGGCCACGCCCAAGGAAGCGGCGGAAAAUGGCACUGGAUGACAUGGUGAAUGGAUAG